AAAUAAUGUAGAUGAUGUAAAAGAAAGUGUUUUAGUUGAUAAAAUCAAUAAGCUAAAGCUAUUUGGAAAAGAGAUUCAAAGCAAAGAUUUCGUGGAGGAAAUUAUCGAACUAGUGGCAGAAAUUGAAGCUCAACCUAAAGAAUGGAUUACCUCCUAG